CUUCCCAAUCGGUGCUCACCACCCAAACCUUCUUCUCGCACUUCGUCUGUCGCCCAAUUCAACUGCUCUCAAGACUCAAAGUGAGGACGUACAGAAAACACCACGUGCCCACGCGGUGCUCCCAGCUUGACAACUUGUGAUCGGGAGGUGUGCGCCUGCCGUCUGAGACAAUGCUUCCACAUAUGACCGUCUGAACGCAGAAAUAAGGAUUUAGCUCUUGGCCAUGUCGGCCUCCUUCUGUGCCGGAUGGAAUAUACCAGCUGGACGAGUUCUCUUCAAGGCCGCUACUCAUCAUGCCAUGAAAAAGUCUUUCCAUAUCCACAGCCUCGUCGACAUCUGAGGCCUCAUCAGCCGUCAUGGCCACAUCAAAUGGAGGACCUCCUCACUCGGAUGCCGCACUGUUGGACACGUCGGCCUCGCCUCGUGUGUCCCGACAACAGAAGAAUUCAUAUCCCGAUGCAGGGCCGGUCCAAAGCCCGUUCAAGAUAUACCUAGGCCGCUCCUCCAGCUUGCUUCUCUAACUUCAGGACGACCAACGUCUUAAUACUAUCUAGCCUCCAGCCCAAGUCCUAAUAUCCCCACGUGUACACGACAGAACGGCGACUCUAUACGACCAUCUUUGGGCACGCGGCGUUGAAAACUCGGCCAACCACACCUCAACCAACACCAUCUGUUGACCGUGUACAUGCCAGUCCUCCUCUCGACUCUAGGAGCUGCCAUUGUCAUCAUGUCCCUGGUGUCUAUCAGGGACGCCUUCCACGACUUCGAACUGCGACACUGGGUCGUCACAUUAUAUCUGCUCACCUAUGCCGACGUCCAGACGCGCCGUCUAACACCUGGUUCAGGGGUUCCAGUCAUAUUCGUCCAACUCAGCGACAUACUGGGGAGGAAGUUCUUCCUUCUCUCGACCCUGGCCGUUGUCGCCAUGUUCUCCAUCGUAUGCAGCGUGGUAUUGUCCACGGUUCAGCUGCAAGCCGGCUCGAGUCGCCGUGACUUGUUCUCGGGCUGUGACCCUGGCCAACGUUGCGGACAUCUAGUCGAAUUGAUCCCGCCCGAUAAUUGAGGUGAAUAUCGUCGCCGUCACGUCUCU